GGGGUAAGUACCGUUGUCUUCCCUCCGUCACCCUCAUUUCCUCCUUUCUAUAUAUUCUCUCUCUUUCUCUUUCUCUCUGUAUAUAUUUACUCUUCUUGCUCGGUCAUUGUCUUUAUAGCACAAGUCUACCCCGCUCCUCCUCACUUGCUACUCCACACCAGACCUCAUCUCUCUUCUCUUUCAGCUUUGUCCGUCCUACUUUCCUCCUUUCCCCCUCCACUAGCACACGGGUCUCGUCAGUCCCCACUCCUCGCAGUGUAGCGCCAGGCACCAUGUGCUAUACAGGCGUGAGUGAUGUUUACAACUAUCGCUCGUCGCCGUGGUGCUCUCUAUGUUUCGUGGCUCCUGUUCCUUCUCUAUUUCAUCUUCCUCAAAACGCGUAAUUCAGACACACGAUCUGCUGACGCCGUGCCGUACGAUGAAUACGACUGUGGGUGUCCACGUUUCGGUCCGUCCCUUCGAAGUGGAGAUGUGUUGUCUCUGUGCAGUGAGUGGUCCAGCAGUCGGGGAGGAGGUCAGAAGGUGGUGGCGUACAGUGUUUACGGUGAUAUCAGCAAGGAGGAAGUCAACAGGCAAUACUACUCUGAAAUAGAAGAACGAGCCAAGGAUGUAGCCACUCAGUAUGAAGGCUGGGUCAUGCGGCUCUACCAUAACAUAUCAAGGUCACAUCAGAACAGCAGCGACCUACUCUGUAACCUGUACUGCCGGUACCCUCACCUUGACCUGUGCCUCGUGACCCGCUUGUAUCCCCUUCCCCCACAAGACGCAGUGAAGGAAGGCCAUCAUGAAAGCGAGAGGACUAGGGGGCGCCUCUCUCUGCACCAAGACACGAAAGCGAGUUAUGAGAAGCGAUUGGCGGCGAAGAUGUGGCGUUUCCUACCUAUGGCGGAUCCUUUGGUGUCUGAGUUCCUGGUGAGAGAUCUUGACUCGUCCAUCCUGCCCCGGGAAGUCGCAGCAGUGAAUCAGUGGCGGGCCAACUCCACAGCCCUUGUGCACAUCAUGAGAGACCAUCCCAGUCACAACGGCCUCAUUCUUGCAGGUAUGUGGGGAGGAUCGAGAGAGCGAGGCGCAGCUAACUUGACCUCGAUGCUGCACGCCAUGACGCGCUGGCCGCCGCGUGAUAUCUGGGACUACGACCAGAUGCUCCUCAAGAGAGUCGUCUGGCCCGAGGUCCUGGAUAGCGCUCUUGUCCACGAUAGCUAUUUCUGCGCCAACCCACACUUCCAGUCCCGCCACCGCGCCGUGCCCUUCCCCACGCGCAGGGACGGCCGCCUCUUCGUUGGGUGGGGACGCACUAGAGCCGAUGAGCGGAAGACUAUUAUUAACUGUCCUGUGCAGUGUAGGCCCAGGAACCACCUAGACUGGCUACAAUGCUAGAGAGAGAGAGAGAGAGAGAGAGAGAGAGAGAGAGAGAGAUAAUAUACAUCACAUGGAAGAGAAAGAUUCAAAUUGUUUCUAUCUAGCAAUGUUGCUGUGUAACAAAUAUAUUACAUUUAUCUAUAUAUGUAUAUGUAUAUGUGGAGGUAUUAAACUAAUAACUGUUAUUCAUACGGAUGCAAAAACAUAAAAGAAUAAAACAAUGCAGCCUAAAAAUCUGUAACUAAUAAGAAUCAAUAUUGAACUUUUUCAAUUAAAAGAAGUUUCUUAAGUU